UGCCUGUGUUGAAAAAUCCUCACAGCCCUGCCGUGCGUGCGCCAUGGGCAGAAGUGAUUCACGGAGCAGGUUGCCACGGAGUGACAGCCGGGCACCGCGGGCUGCGUCCCGUUCGAGGUCUGAUUCUAGACGUGGAAACUCACGCAGGCGUUCGCCCCCUCGGCAUCGGCGGUCUCCUUCUGAUCGCAGGGGUCGCUCACGCUCACGUGACAAAAAGUACAAAAAGCUACCUGAUGAUUUCGCUGAUCGAAGGUUCUAUGGUACGAUGAGAAUGGUGAACAAAGGCUCUGGAUUUGGCUUCAUCUCAUGUGCCGAAACUCGAGCAGAAUUUGGCCGAGAUGUCUUUGUGGACCUGAAUCGGCUACCUGCAAGUUGCGACCGUGAGGGUGACAAAGUGAGCUUCAAGUUGGUGGUGGGAAGAAAAGGCUAUGCGGAAGCGACAUCGGUGGAACGAGGCUGAGCAAGAGAAAGUGAUGAAAGCAGUGAGUGAGAGAAUCUGCACAGAUUCGAAGCUAGGACAAUGCUGCAAGGAUGAGGCCUGACUGCAGCGGUGGAAGGUUGGUCAACCUGGUAUUGGCAAAAACAAAGGUAGAAUGGGAUGGAGUGGGGAGUGAGAUGGUCUGUUUCAGCUUUGCACCGCUUCACUAGGUGAACAUGUGAAACGUUCCACAUUCCAUUCAGAAAAAGUUCAAUUGUCAGGUUGGACCGGCGCUGAAAGAUACCUCUUUCUACGAGCCAGACAUACUCAAAACUUAAGACUUCCUUUCCGGAAAUUUCUACUUUAUAUCAGGGCGUGUUUGUUUGGAAUUGCGCGCGAAGAUGUUGAUGUGCUCGGCUGGAAUUUGGUGUGCGAGCACAAGGAUUUGUUAAUAAAAAGUUUGCC